AUGCUGGUGGUGGUGGUGGUGGUGGUGGUGGUAGUAGUGGCAACGGUAGUGGCAGUGGAGUUGGUGAUGCUGAUGCUGCUGCUGCUGCUGGGCCAUCUCCAACUAUCUCACCCCCUACAAUUUCCAGCCCUCCUAAUUUGCAACCUGGUGCACCUACUUCUCCACAGAACAGUCACUCUUCCUCAUCAUUAUCACCUAGCAAUAGAGACAGUAGCCCUAGCAGCAAUCCCAAAGUCAUGUACUCCAUGCCAUCAAUGUAUUCCUCAGUAGGAGCAUCUAUGCCAAUGGGAUUAAACAACAACCAACAUCAGCUGCUCAACAGCUUCUUCAACCAGGAUUUCUACUCUGGCCAGUCUCAGUCAGGAGCCACGUGUUCUUCCACUUCCUCUAUGCUCGGUUUACCAACAGGCAUGAUCUAUCCAUCUGAACACUACACUAAAUGUUAUCGUCGGAGUUUCAAUGAACGGAAGCCUUACAAAUGUGAAGUUUGUCGGAAAGGUUUCUCACGGAGGGUAAACCUAAACAAUCACGAAAAAGCCCCAACAGGGGAAAAGCACUUUUAUUGUGAAUAUUGUAAAAAAGCAUUUGCACAGAGGGCUCACUUAAAAACUCAUGAAUUAACCCAUACUGGAAUUAAACCUUACACCUGUUCCUAUUGUGGCAAGAUGUUUGCACAGAGAGCCAACUUUGAUAACCAUCGGAGAAUACACACGGGGGAAAAGCCAUACCACUGCAAUUUCUGUGAGAAGUCUUUCUCACAGCAAACCAACCUAGACAACCAUGAACGAACACACACAGGAUUGAAACCUUACCGCUGUGAAUUCUGCUCGAAAUCUUUUUCUCAACGUACUAACUUAGAUAACCACAAACGUAUCCAUACCGGUGAUUUGUUUCGUUGCUCGUUUUGUUCAAAACCGUUUACACAGCAGAUAAAUCUACGUAACCAUGAACGUAUUCAUACCGGCGAGCGACCGUAUGCAUGUUCUUACUGCCCUAAAGCGUUCUGCCAACAGACAGAACUUAAGAACCAUGAACGCACACAUACAGGCGAGAAACCAUUUAUCUGCUCUAUUUGUAUGAAAGCAUUUAGUCAGCAAGGUAACCUGAAAAUACACAUGCGAAUACACACAGGGGAAAAGCCAUUUGUGUGUGAUAUCUGCUCCAAAGCAUUUAGCCAACGUACUAAUCUGGACAAUCAUAGACGUAUUCACACAGGAGAUAUGUUUAGAUGUAGCUUCUGCUCGAAAGAGUUCAGCCAACGUGUGAACCUGCGUAAUCAUGAACGCAUUCACACAGGGGAGAAGCCAUUUAAUUGCUCUGUGUGUUCAAAGUCAUUUAGCCAACAGGGAAACCUCAAGAACCACUUGAGGACACACUCUGGUGAGAAACCUUACAGCUGUGAACUAUGUGGGAAAUGUUUUGCUCAGCGGACCACAUUAGAUAAUCAUUUACGAAGUCAUGCCCUUGCUGCAGCAAAGCAACAAGCUGCUAGAGCUGUUCCAAACAAUUCACUUGUAACAAAUACUACCAAUCCUAUCAACAACAACAACAGCAGUAGUAGUGGUGGUGUUGGGGUUGGUGUUGGUGUUGGUACCAAUAAUGCCAGUAAUAAUAACAACAGCAGUAAUACCGCCAACCACAGUCGUUCUAAUGCAAACCAUCCCCAUGGCAACCAUGGCCCUCCAGAUAGCCAAGCUUUUAACAAGUCCUUCAACUGUGAUAUCAUUGUUCCAACACCUCCUAUAUCUAACCGGGGUCUGUCUGGGAUGGGCGAAAACUCCAACUACAACCACAGCACAGGGGGAAAUCAUAAUAAAAACAGCCUUAAGAGUUCCGACACCAACCAAUCACAACCAUUGAGCCAUCCUCAUCACCAAUACUCCUCUCCCCACUUCCUCUCACACUCCACACACCCACUGCGUUCACAUAUAGAUGAUGACCGCAAUCUGCGGGAGUCACAAAGUGGGGGAUUCCGGCUGCAGCCACCUGCUGUGUCCUCCUCAUGGUUAAACUCUGCCUACUUGCAGGAGAUGCCUGCAAACUGGGAAAGUAACUACUUGUGGUCAAGAGGUUUUCCUAUUGCCCCGAUAUCAUCCAGUGGUUGGAAUAAUGUCACAGCUGGCCUCUCAUGUGGGAGGAAACUGAACAGAUCUAGAGAUCUUUGCUGAUCCAUGUCAUCCAUUGUGAAAUGUCCAUGUUAGAGAUGGUGAUUGUAUCUAACAGAUUUUUGUGGCAUUUGUCAACCCUUGUCUUAUUUUCAUACACACGCAUACACAUCUACUUAAAAAAUACAUGCAUGUAUAAAUAUAUAUUCAUUCAUACUCACUCACAUGCAUGUAUGUAAAUAUACAUAGACACACAUAUCAGUACAUACACACAUCCACACAUGUACACACAUCAAUGCAUACAUACAUUAGAACAUAUACUUAUUGAUUCAUCCACACUGAUCAAUACAUUAUAUACACACACACCCAUGCACACAUACACACACACACAUAUAUUCAUUCACAUGCUCCAAUACACACAUAUAUACAUUUAUUUUAUGAGUGCAUUUGUCUUGCAAUAUGUAUACAUACACACAAGUAUGCACUUAGUGAUGUUUUGAGCUGUCCAUUCUUAUUUGUUUAACAUAUAUAUAUGUGUGUGUGUUUGUGUGUGUGUGUAUGUAUGUACAGCACUCACACUCUUCAAGACCUUCACCCUUUCUCUCUCUCUCCUGCCACCUGGACCACCAAUAACUAACCCUUCCAAUUAGAUGUUCGGCCCUCCAUUGUUGGUUGCAACAUACCUGUAUCAUCACAGAUCUGUGAAGUCCUUCUUUCAGGCAGUCUACCAUGCUGUUGAGAGUUAGGAAAUUGUAGCUCAAUACCAGCACUACAUAGUGCAAUCUUCUAAUUACCUGAGUAAUGCUGUAUGUCAUGUGAAGAACCUGUUUUGUGGAAUUAUUUCGAUCCCUAUGAUAGGCUGCAAACCCAGCAUUUCAAAAACUUCAUGUCUGAUUUUAUCUUCAUGAUUUUAAGUUCACAUUUCUGAGGUGUAAGUUGCAAUUGAUAAAAAGUAUAUAUGCAUAUAUAUAAAUGGGUGUGUGUGUGAGAGAGAGAGAGAGAGAGUUUGUGUUUAUCCAUUUGUUUAACAUCCAUUUCUCCAUACUAGCUUGAGCUGGACAAAUCAUACAACUGAGACAUUUUUUCAUCAGUAGAUGCCAUUCCUGUCACUAUUCUCUACCAGUUUUGAAGCAAGGGACUUUUUAUUCCACACAUCUUUGAAAGGAAAGUGCUAGCAAAUGAUUUGUUGACUGGGAGUGCCAAGAAAACGCCAUUUUUGGCUCAAAAUUUUUCGUGUGAAAGAAGGAAUCCAAGCAUUCACACUGACAUAAACACACACACAUUUCAAAUAUGUGGGUAUGUGAAUGUAUGUAUAUGCAUAUAAAUACGUACAUACAUACAUACAUGGUGGCUGCCCCCUCGUUAUCGAGUAU